AUGGGUUCUGUAUUGGCCGAAAUAUCUCUCUCUGAUCUGGAUACUCCUCCGCCAAGCAAUGCCACCAUUACGGGGCUUCAGCAUAUCGCUUCAUACAACUGGCUUGAGGGAUCCGUACCGACUAUCUCGGUUCCAGGUUCUCCGCCUCUUUGGUCACCACCACGAGUGGCUCCGAAGCUUACGCCUGAUUCUGGCAUGGUAUAUAUUGACCAAAAUGCGGCGCGCAGCCCCCGCUAUCCUCUUGAGCCAUUGUUCCGUGCUCUUCAGGCCGAGAAUCCCGAUUUCGAACUCGGAGAUAUAGACCUAGUUACCGAUAGGAACAAUAUCCGCAAACUCUUGCGCUUCGUUCAAGGGUCCUCCUCUGACAACUUCGAGAUUCGAGUUGAGAUUGCUGGUGAUAAGACAGCACUGUUUACACGCGUGGAGAUUAAGACAAAGGACAUUAUCCAGGACUUCAGAGGGUUCGGACAUAAUUUUGAGAAAGCGUAUACGAAAGGAAUCCCUGGAAGUACUGGGCAUCACAGAAUAGUUCACUAUCUCUUCGGCGGCAUGAAAUGCCUCAUCCGGCACGAGACCGAUGGGUUUAUCGAGAGCAAAGUUAAUCCGGAUAGCAUCCCACAAGCAGCGGUUGUAUUUGAUGGUGUGUUGGAUCUUCUGGGAGCUGUCUCCAUCUCUGAAACCGGCAAACCUACCAGCAAGCAGCUAGUAACUGUGAUGAAUCGGAUGCUUGACAUGGCCGACGUCACUCCUCAACUCUGGAUCUCGCAGACUCCGACCCUGGUCAUUGGCUACCAUCAAUACCACAUGUUCAACAAUGUUCAGAUGCGCAACGUCAAGCAGGAAAUUCAGGAUUGGGAAACUGCCAACCAGACGGCUCUGCGGAAGUUGGCAUUGCUGAUCAAGAAGAUAAGCCAAGUGGUGGGGCGUAGCAGUGAUCGCAAUGCGAUUGUAAAGUACAACGGCGGAACAAAAUUAACAGUUACCAGCGGCAAGCAAGAACGAGCGCUACCCGAGGACCUAUACUUGCUUUGGGACGUAAAGAAACAGGGUGCAGAUGACGAUAUGGUACAAGAUCGCGGCAAGGCCAUCGAUGAAUCACAUACAAAGUCAUUAAGCUCGGUACCCGGUCUGGGGCAUAUCAAGAGAGAUACGAACGACAUUGCAGGCUCUGGGCAACCGUCAGGCGGCGUCUCAGCUCCGUUACCGACUCAUGACACUAUGCCUUUUUCCGACAUUGUGGAUCAUGCAGUGCAGGAUGGAUUGCGGCAAGUUUUUCGUCGCAUGUCGACGAGCCUCUCUGACUACCAAUCUCUCUGCGAAACACUCAAGUCUCGCGGCAUUGAUGUACUUGCAGGACGCAACCUACGUGACAUUAUGAAAGAUUUGAGAAAAGGAAAGGACGAUUGGGAUCCGGACGAGAGAAGGGAGAUUAAAGGAUUCAAAAGCCUAGCACGCGACUCCGCUUUCAGGCUCUUUUAUAUCUUUAUCCUCGAUUUGCGUGAGUCAGGGGCCAGCGAUCAGAAUAUGGCCUACAACGCAACCACAUUCGUCAUCUCCCAUCGUAGAAUAUUCAAAUACAAAACUAGGAAAAUGGUCCGACAAGCGUUUGAGAUGCGGUAUUCCAUCUCAUACAAUCAGCGGAAAGGCCUAGACAAGUGGCCUAUCGAUAAUCCUUCUCGUGGAAACGAGGAGGAGGAGGAGGAUGUAACUACUGAGGAAGAGGAUAUCUAUAGCUCCGAUUGGUCAUUUUGA